AUGGCACGGUGCGGUGCUCCUGCCUACAGGUCCAUCCUGAGCAUUAGGGACGAGACAGCCAGGGUGCAGGCCCUGAACGAGCACCUCAGCACGCGUAGCUAUGUCCGGGGGUACUCCCUGUCCCAGGCGGACGUGGACGUGUUCAGGCAGCUCUCGGCCCCUCCCGCUGACACGCGCCUCUUCCACGUGGCUCGGUGGUUCAGGCACAUAGAAGCGAUCCUGGGUGGCCCCUGCGGCAGAGGCGAGCCCUGUGGGCGCCAAGCAAGUAAAGGCCGGCGAGGGCAGCCUCAGUGGUCUCCCCCGGCAGGGUCUCCUCCGUGCAAGCUCCGUCUCUACAACAGCCUCACCCGGAGUAAGGACGUGUUUAUACCUCAGCAUGGGAAAAGGGUGACGUGGUACAGCUGUGGACCUACCGUCUACGACGCAUCUCACAUGGGGCAUGCCAGGUCCUACAUCUCCUUCGACAUCCUGCGGAGGGUGCUGCGUGACUACUUCGGGUACGACGUCUUCUACUGCAUGAACAUCACGGACGUGGACGACAAGAUCAUCACGAGGGCCCGGCAGAACUACUUGUUCGAGCAGUAUCGGGGGAAGCGGCCGCGGGCGGCCCAGCUCCUAGAAGAUGUUCACGCCGCCCUGAAGCUGUUUUCGGUCAAGUUAUGCGCGGCCACGGACCCCGACAAAAGGCAGAUGCUGGAUCGCAUUCAGCGCACGGUGAAACUGGCUGCAGAGCCCCUGGAGAAAGCUGUGCAGAGCGACCUCCCAGAGGAGGUGGCCGACCGCCGUGUGGAGGUGCUGUUGGAAGAAGCAAAGGACUUGCUCUCUGACUGGCUGGACUCCACCCUCGGCAGUGAGGUUACUGACAAUUCUAUCUUCUCCCAACUGCCCAAGUUCUGGGAAGAGGAAUUCCACAGAGACAUGGAGGCCCUGAACGUUCUUCCUCCAGAUGUCUUAACCCGCGUUAGCGAGUAUGUGCCAGAGAUCGUGAACUUUGUCCAGAAGAUCGUGGACAAUGGCUACGGCUACGCCUCAAAUGGGUCCGUCUACUUUGAUACAGUGAAGUUUGCUUCCAGUGACAGACACUCCUACGGGAAGCUGGUGCCUGAGGCUGUUGGGGACCAGAAAGCCCUGCAGGAAGGGGAAGGUAAACUGAGCUUGGUGAUGGGGUGGGGGGCUUCUUCCCCCUCCCUAGCCCCGGCCAUACUCCCCUGGGCGCCUGGGAGCCUUGCCUUGUUCCCUCGGGAUUUUAGGAGCUUUCCACGAGAAGCAAAAAAGCGAGUGUAUCCAAGAGCAUCUUGAAAGCACAGCAGAUUC